AUGAGUGACGAAGAAAGCCAACAAAGUUCAUCGGAAGAAGAGACUGAGAAGGAAAAAAGGGAAAAGGAAGAAGAACGUCGACGCAGAGAAGAAGAGGUAGCUCAAGAAAGACAGCGUAAACUAGAGGAGAAGAAACGCAAAGAAGCUGAAGAAGCCUCAAAGAAACAACGUAAACCUGGUCAGAAGCGUAAAGGUUUAGGUGGUUUGUCGAAAGAGAAGAAACGACUGUUGAAACAACUGAUUAUGCAAAAAGCUGCUGAUGAAAUGAAAGCUGAGAUGAAACGCCGACAGGAGGAACGUGAGAACUUCUUACGUGGAAAAGUAGAGCCACUGAAACUUGAUGGUCUUGGUGAAAACGAUUUAAAUGCUAAAGUGAAACAGUUGUACGAACGUGUUCGACAGCUCGAAGGUGAUAAAUAUGACUGGGAAGAAAAGUUAAGACGUCAAGAUUUUGAGAUCAAUGAAUUAACAAUCAAGGUUAAUGAUGUAAAAGGCAAAUUGUACGUUUAUUGUUCCUUAUUUAAUUAAUAAUGAAAUAAUUGGUUACCUGAUUAUUGAUUCAUUGAAAUAUAAACUAGAAUCAUCUAAAAACUGCCCAGUUCAUCAUUAGGUUUUACAGACACAUGAAAUAAUGUCAAAUUUAUAAAGGAGUAGACAUGACUUUCACUAAUAUAUUUGUCAAUAGUCCGGUUUAAGGUUAAGUUAAGCGAUAAAAUCGAAAACAUGGUGAUGAAAUUUUAUAAACGUAGUACUUUACUAAGAUAUUUGUAAUAUUGUCACUGAUGAUGUCCAGUUUAACAAUGAAACAUGUAUAAAAGUCUCUACAAGUCCGGAAAUUCAAUAAUUUAAACAAUGUAUCUUAAACUUAUUGGUACCAUUAGAUUGAAAUAGUUGGCAAAAUCUAAGUUUGUAAAUUAUUUGCUAUUGUAAUCAGAGUGUCAGUCGAGGUAGGAGGAAUAAUAGGAAUUGAAGAGGAAAAUUGAUUAUGAAUACAGUGGUCUUGAGUGCUGUUAGAUGUAUAAGGGAAGUUUUCACUACCUGGUUGUCCAGAACGUGGACGGGUUCUUCUAGAGGUACAUGGAAAGGAAGUUGUGUUCGAGUUGUUCUUAUUGACCUGAGAAUGUGAACGCGAUGCCCAAGCGACAACUACUUGAGGUCAGUCACACACGACCAUUUUGUAAGUAAUUUUCGUGUUAGCUCCGUAUCUGUUGAGACCUUACCGCCGGAGACGGAUAUCUGUGGGAUAAGGCGCGGUGUGCAUUUUUCUUACUCCAUCCCUCCUUGUGGGAAGGCAGCAUCGCUGUCAUGAUGGUUUUCUGAAAGAAACGUCUUUCUACUGUCCCACUUUUGUACACUCAGCAUAACGAUUUCGCCCUCAGACCUUGGGCUUGUUGCUUUUAUUCCUACCGCUCUUCAACCAACUUGUCUAACAUGGUAGAACGUUGAAGAACGAUUGUUUUAGCCAGCAUAAUUCGACUGGUUCAUUACGAUAGGCAAACCCGAACACCACGUCAAGGUAGAAGCAGCGGUCGUGUGAUUAGAAUGACAACUGAGAUUCAUUAUAUUGUACUGUCUAGAAGACCUUUGAUUUAUACAAUAUUAUAAUUAAUAUAAUGAAUUGCCAAUAACUCAUGACAGUUAAAAAUUAAAUUUUUUUAUUGUUAUUCAUUUAAAAGAAAUUCAUGACUUCCUACAGUAUGUUUAUAGUGUAGUAUUGAGAGUUUCGUCAUUUACCUAAUCAAAAUUAUUUUCUUAUAGAAUUCAUUCUACAAAUCAUAAAUAUUAAUAUGUGUUACUUUCAUUGAAUUUAAAUAGUGUAAAACCAGUUUUAAAGAAAGUAUCUAAAACUGAAAGUCAUAUGGCACGAUUUGAGAAAAAGGAAGGUGGACAUUCACUUUCUUCUUUCCGUAAUCAACUUAAGUCAACCGGUCAUAGUAAGUACGCCCUGGAGGAAAAGGAUGAAGUUGUGAAUACACCUAAAUAAUAGUUUACCUUAUGAAGUAACAGUCAGUAUUUACUUUCAAUAAAUAAAAUUUUUAUAUAAUUGUAAAACAUCAAAGAGAACAACAAUAAACUUAACUGAUAAAUACUUUGAAAUUCAUUUAUCAUCAAAUGAGCAAGAGAAAUAAAUAAUACAGUGAGUUUCAUUAAAGUAAUUAUAUGAUUUCUAUCUGUAACCAGAUGCAUUUUAUCUUCUAUAUAUUCAUUAUUAUACUUAUACUUAGACUAUAAUUUAGUCCCUAUUUACAAUUGUUGCUUUUUCUCCAUUUUUUUUUCGUGGUGUGUUUUCUUUUUUGUUCUUUUUUUUAUGCUUACUCUUUUCUGUUUGCAAUAAAUUAACUUCAUGUGAAUAUAUAUGUAGAAAGAAGAUUGGCGUGAUCAAUUAAAGGCCAAAGAAUAAAUACAAUAAUAUUGUAAUUGUCAAGAAAGUAUCUACUGAAGAUGAUAAUGAUGAUAAUAUGAAUGUUCAAUAUAAAAAAAAUGCAUUUUCCAUACAGAGUAUUGUUCUAUGCAAAAUGUAGAUCAAUGAUUCGAUGCGUUUCUCCUUCAUUCCCUAUCUUAUUUCAUCUUUAUCUUCAUUUUUGUUAAGUUUCUUUCUACUCUCUUAUUUUGAAUCUUUUUUUAGGCGUAAUUGUAUAGUUGUCCUCAAAUUUUUCAUUUGUUAGUUGAUUUGAAAUGAUAAUGAACAGAAAAGCAUAUGCUACAUUGAUUAGUAUGUCUUACUGUUAUGACAUUAUAAGCGUCAUGAAAUCCUUUUAAGUUGGUUAUUGCAUUUUUCGUUUGUCUUUUCUUCUAUGAAUCUCUAUAUUAUAAUUCCUUAUUUCAUUUUGUAAUUUUACGUGCUUCAUUUCGUUGUUACAUUUACAAGUAUGUCGUUGUACUUUAUUGAAAUUUAAAUUAUUGUCUUGUAGUUUCAAUCUUUUUCAAUUUAUCCACUCUCUAAACUCGAUGUCGGAUCAUUGUAGAAUUGUGUAGAUCACUAUUCGAAUGAAAACUUCAUUUCCCCUUACUUCUAUCAUGGUUAUUACUAUGUUUGUUGAAUAAUAUCAAUGUUAUGUUAUCAGUUUACCUAAUUUCUAACUUGGCAAAUUAAAUACAAACCUGCUUAAGUACCACAAAAUUUUAAUUAGUUAUUGCACCUCGAUCUAAAUUCCUUUGAUUAUUUUCUUCUCUCUCUCUUUAUCUGUGUGUGUAUCCGUUUUUGUUUACUUCUCUCAUAAUAUUUAUUUCAAAUACUGAGAUGCUACUUGAUGUUUAUUAUUUAAUUCCCUGUUAUGAAAGUCAGUAUAAUGAACAAAUGAAAUAAAAUACCCAAUAAUUUCUUGUUAUGUUUUCUGUUUUUAUUCUUUUGACGUAUAUAAACUAAUUAAUUGUAAUGCCAGGUAACAAUUCAUUCUACUUGAUAACUAUGGUUAGUCCAAGAUGUUUGUACUUUGUUAAACGAUCUUGUAAACUUUCAAGAUAGAUCCAUAAUUAUUUAAUUUAAACCACCCUAGUUGUCUCGGAUUCGCUCUUCACGAGCUGUUGUCAGAUGUCAAAGUAUUACUGAGGCUAUUAUCUUAUAAACUAUUUCAGUUAAA